CAACUAAUAACAGUGAGCCAACUAGAGAAAUAACACGUAUUGGUAUAUAGACAGAAAUAAAUCAAAGUCAAAGUCAAAGCAUUUAUUUCAAUUAAUCCUAAAUUAGGCACCUUUGAAACGUCAAAUUGAAUUGUCCGUCAGUCUGUCUGUCAGUGAAGCUAGGUGCUCGUUCCAAAGUGUAGCUUCGAAAAUAAAUUGAUGUACAAAUGUGUUCGUGAAAAAUGCAGUGUUUAGUGUUUUUAUUUUAUGUUUAUUCUGUUAUAUAUCUAUGUUACUGCUAUGAGGAUAACCAAAGUAUCUUUACAAAUAACCUGGAGGUCCAAAUUGGGUCCAAAUGUACGUGGAAUGGGCUGAAUGGUACCUGUACCAGUUUAGCAGAUUGUCCAUCAGCACAGCACGCCAUCAGUGGUAGACGACACCCAUCCAUAUGUUUCUUCGAAGGAGUGAUGCCUAUAGUAUGCUGCACCGCUUCAGAAAAUGCACAAAAUAAUAAUAAUUCUUCAGAUAUACCGGAUCGGUCCUCAGAGCUUAAACCGGGGAGAAAGGCAGAAAAGCAAUGCAUGGAUUUUAUAAGAACUUUACACUACACCUGUUAUGACCCUGACGAUGAUUUUCGAUAUGGGACAUAUGGUGUACCAGACAUGGUGACACCAUCUCCAGAAUUGAACUCGCCUGAUACGGAACCAUCAACAGCAUUAGAAUCUAACGGAUCCACAGAAUAUCAUCAGAAUGUGCCUAUCCUACCACCUGUUGCAGCACCGUACAGCCAAGAUCCAUAUGAUGACGAGUAUCCACCGUACAUUGUACCACCCAUUUCGGCUGGAAUACCGGCCCAGCGUAACCAGUAUCCACAUAUGUAUCCACCACCAUCCAUUUCGGCUGGAGUACCAGCCCGCCGUAACCAGUACCCACAUAUGGCGCUUCUAGGAUACGGAGACGCGGUGGAAACAGCGGAAUGGCUUUGUGGUGGAUCCAUCAUCAGCAAGAAGUUCGUCCUCACCGCUGCACACUGCAUUUCCAGUCCUAGUGUUGGACCUGUAAAGUACGCAGCGUUUGGUAUCCUCAAGAGGUCCGACCCUCCCAAUUACUGGCAAACACACAACAUCGCAAGAGUGAUCCCUCAUCCGGAGUACCAGUCUCCUCACAAAUAUCAUGACAUUGCACUCCUAGAGACGGAGGAUCCGAUACGCUUCAACAGAUAUGACGUGCUGCCAGCGUGUCUGGAUGUGAAGCCUGAACCAGAAUUGGAAGCAGAAGCCACAGGUUGGGGCGCCCUCGGUCACCGCCAGGUUCUAGCAGAUGUCUUGCAAACCGUGACUCUUAGAAAGUACGACACGCAGACAUGCUCCAAGCUGUACCCGAAGCACCGACAUCUGGUCAAAGGUUUCGACGAGGCCACUCAAAUGUGCUACGGAGAUGACAAGGACCCUAAAGACACCUGCCAGGGUGACAGCGGAGGCCCUUUACAAGUGAAGAACAAAGAACUAUGUUUGUACCGAGUCCUCGGCGUCACGUCGUAUGGGAGACAAUGUGGGCAGACGACUGGCUCCGGCAUCUACACCAGGGUCUACCACUACCUGCCGUGGAUUGAAAGCAUCGUGUGGCCAUAAACACUGGGACACUACAUCGUGUGACACUUUUUAACGUCAUUGUAACAUUCAUGUGACACUUUUAUCGACAUUGUAACAUUAAUGUGACACUUUUAUCGACAUUGUAACAUUAAUGUGACACUUUUAUCGACAUUGUAACAUUCAUGUGACACUUUUAUCGUCAUUGUAACAAUUUUGUGAAAAAAUAUUCUUACCGUCACACUUAGCCAAGUCGUUCAGUAUAUAGAUAAGAAAAUAAAGACAGAUUCAGUACAGAGACAGCAACCAUUGGUAGUCUAGAGCCGACUGAGUUACAAAAGAUAUGGCUUCGUUACAAGACAUACGAUUUAGUAUAAAAAAUAACAACUGGCUCUCUACUAGGUCUUUGUUUUCUUACCUGCAUACUAAAUAAAUUGAUUGAUUUGUACGUCAAUAUCACAAAUGUAUGAUAAGAUAAUAUGAAAUAAAUAAUUAAAAUAGUUA